AUGAGUUUUAUUACAAGAAAAUUAGAAGAAAAACUUGGUGUAGACCUAAAUAACGAUGGUCGAAUUGGAGGACCGGGAGUAACUUCGAAAAUCGAAGCAGCUACUCAUGUAGACUUUAAUCGAGAUGGAAUUGUUGGUGGAUAUCGACCACCACCGGGUGGAGGCUUGGUUGGUAAAAUUGAAAAAGCAACACAUAUUGACUUGAACAGAGAUGGUUACAUUGGUGGUCGGCCUGGCUACUGUCCACCACCUCAAAAAAAACACUAA